CAUCUUUUGCCACAAGCUUCGAACUAAGCCGGUAAGCUCACCGCCCGGUCUAAACCUUCUCCUCCGCCAUGAACCCCCCCUCCUCCUCCUCCUCCUCCUUCCCUUCUUCUUCUUCUGCCUGCCCGCUUUGUCCUACUGCUUCCACUUGGAUUUAGAUCGGUCGAUCGAUUAGAUUGGAUAGAGAUAAGGAGAGGGAAGAUGCUAUGGUCCGAGCUGGAGAUCUCCUCCGGCAACACGAGGAGUUCUCCGGUGUCUUGGUCGCAGUCUCUGCCUGCUUCGAUAAUACCAGGAGUUCUCCUCCAUCAAAGUUGAGUUCCAUGGCUGAAGAGCCGUCUGGAGCCAUGGCCCCGGAAGCGGAGGAGGAGGAGGAGGAGGGGAGGGACGAGGGAGAUGUCCCCGGUAGCUCCUCGAGGGAGUGGCUCCAAUUAGGCCUCGGCAACCCGCCGCCGCCGCCCCACGUCCGAAGGCAGCGGGUUCCGAAGGAGCUGGAGUUGUUCAGGGACAGGCCUUCGUCUUCGUCACCGUCGGUCGCGGCGACACAGCAUACGACGACGAUGACGACCAUGCCGGAGGCUGGCACUGGCAUAAGGGUGGUUGUUCCGGCGAGACAAGCCGGGGUUUGGCUCGCACUCGAGGCUGCUGCAGACCAAGGAGGAGGAGGAGGAGGAGAGGCUUUGUUGCCUCAGAUUCCAAGGAACUACCUGAGGAUAAAGGAUGGGAGUUUGACAAUUAGAUUGCUAAUGAAGUACUUGAUGAACAAGCUGGGCUUGGAGGAUGAAUCAGAGGUGGAGAUCACAUGCAGAGAUCAAGUGAUGCUUCCCUUGUGGACAUUGGAGUAUGUUAGAGAUAACAUAUGGUUCUCCGGCGACGUAGCUCCGAUGAUACUCCCUGACACGCCGAGCAUCAACCAUCUCAUGACAUUGCACUACAGGAGAGGAAAAAAGGAUGGCCAAGUGCAUGAACCUCCAUGCCGAUGA